AUGAAGUUCCAAGCCGCUAUUGCCUUACUUGCUGUCGCCUCUAUGGCCAACGCUUUAUCUGAAGCUCAAACCGCUGAAUUAAACGCCAUUCUUUCAGAUGUCCAAAACCAUUUAUCUGAUUACAUGGGUCUAGCUACCUCUGGUCAAAUCUCUCUAUCUGACUUACCAGCUGGUGUUCUAAACCUAGGUAUGGCUAUUGCUGAAGGUAAAGAAACCAGUGCUCUAUACGAUAGUGUCGACAUGGCUGCUGUCGAAACUUGGUUACCAGCUCUACCAUGGUACUCUUCCAGAUUAUCUUCUGAAAUUGACGCUGCUUUGUACACCAUCACUCACACCUCUGCCGCUGCUACCACCUCCUCUACUGCUGCUGGUACCACUACCACCCCAGCUGCUUCCAAGGCCUCCUCUGCCGCCGCUGCCACCUCUUCUGCCGCUGCUGCCACUUCCUCCGCCGCUGCUGGUACUACUACCACCCCAGCUGCUUCCUCUGCUGCUUCCUCUGCUGCUUCCUCUGCUGCCGUCGUUGCUUCUUCCUCCGCUGCCGCUACCACUGAAGCUGUUGUCUCCUCUGCUGUUGCCAACAAUUCCACCUCCAGUGCCAUCAGCUCUGCUGUUGUCGGUGGUAACACUACUAUCACUGCUACUUCUACCAGAAUGCACACCAGUACCAUCUGUACCGAAAACUGUCCAAUCACCUCUUCUACUGGUGCCUCAGCUUUCCAAAACACUACUACCACUGUCACCGAAUGUGAUGAAGUCUGUCACGCUUCCAAGUCUGCUGCUAUGACUACCAUCUCUUCCUUGACUACUGUCACCUCUACCCACUGUGACGAAGUCUGCCACUCUUCCAAGACCGCUGCUGCUUCUGCUGCUGCCAACGGUAAGACCACCGUCACUCAACUAUCUACCAUCUCUGCUGCUUCCACUGCUCAUGGUGUCAACGUCCAAACCGAAAACAAUGCCGCCAAGAAGGUUGCUGGUCUAUCUGCUGCUGUUUUAGGUGCUGUUGCCUUAUUGUUAUAA